AUGAAUUCCAUGAAGCCUGAAGAGUACAGCAAGCCAUUAAAUGCUGCAGAAAAAGACCAGAGUACCAGACCUAAAGUUUUAAAGGAAUACAAGGGUACUGUCAGGAAGCACAAAUGUUUGUGCAUACCUGUGAAUCACUAUCUAGCUGCUGUAAGGGAGUGCAGCAGCACCUCCAAGCUCAGAAGUGAAGUUGACAAGCAUGAAAAUCAGAAUCCAGUUUUGCACACCAAUAAAGAAUGCUGUUUCAUCUUUACUUUCAAUGGCUCUGGGAAAUUGGGCCACAAUGUAUUCACGACAUAUGGUGAACUAAGUGAGAGUAUCUACUCAGCCUUAAGUGUAAUACACUUUGUGGAACACAAUUUCAGUAAGAACACUAUUGUUUAAGAGAAAACCACAGAAGAAUAUAUAAACUUAUGAAUGUCACUCAGAGACUCUUAUUUUAUAAUACUUUUUGGCCAAAGAAAGAGUAACCAGGAAGAUGGUCAGAUAUUCCACCAAAGAGAAAAUUAAAACAUCCAAUGCAAUCUUUUUCAUGUUGUUGCAAUGGGGAAGAGGAGGGUUCCUAAGAUUAAGGAACUUCAUGAAAAGGAACUAAAUGAAUUUAAAUGGACCUAUAAGAAAAUUUAGAAAAAAUCCACAGUGAAUGAAAUAGCUGGAGGAGUCUUAGAAGUGGACAUUUUUUAAAAUAUUUGACAGGGAAGGCAUCCAUAAAAAAUUAAAUAGAAGACUGAAAAUGCAACUGAUGAAAGCAAUCACUGGAAUCUGAUACAGUCUAACAAUGUUCCAGAACCGAAGAAACUUGGAGAGACUGGCAAUGCAGUCAACAAACACGCCAUCCUACCUCAAAGUCUAGAGCAUGAUGGUCAAAGUUAAACUCACCGAACAAUUUCCAUAAUCAAACAUUACAAUAAUAACUUCAGCAGAAAAUAUAAGAAGAUAAACUUACAAGGUAGAUAGAAGCCCCAUUGGGGCAGGUGGUAUUCUAUUAACUUGGAUAUACAGAAAGAGGUAAUUAAUCUCUUGUUGGACAAAGCCGUAAUGCAUCGAUAUCUGAAUUUUAAAAAAGAAGCAUGUUGGUUGAGAAGUCACCUUAGGAAAAAGAAGAGACAAAAAUUACCAAUGUUUAAACAAUUCAACAUAUAUAAAAAGUACUUCGAAAGAGUGAUUGAAAUUUUUUCAUUUGCAACCUGUGAACAACUUACUUAUUUGGUUCACUUAAUUGUUCACUCAGAAGGCCCAUUCCAGCAAAAAGAUGGUUGCACUGUGAUUCUUCUAAUUCAAGGGUUAGGGAGGUGUCCAGAACCUUAUCAAGGUAAGUUGGUAGAAUCCAUGCUGUCAUGUGUAAUGCUUUCCUUUAUGUUUACCCAAAGAAGUUUCCUGUCAGAGGUUUAGACCACAUACCCAUUUAGUUAUGGUACUUGAUUCUCUAACGGAUCUUCAGUGUUUAAUGCAUCUGACAAAUUUGUGCUUAGUGAAUUUGGUUAUUCUUUAGAUUCUGUUCUUGAUAUUAAACAGAAAAAUGAGAGCUUGUAUAAAUUAUUAAAUGGAGACAACGAGAGCCACAAUAAAGAGAAAAAUAAGAAACAAGAAGUCAUCACUUCAAAACAUCAGGUUGAACCCAUGAGAUAUUAG